GUGGUGGGCGUGGCCUCAAGCAGCGGGCGUGCUAACGGAGUGUGGGCGUGGCCUAGUGCGCCACAGCCUCGGCAGAAGAUGGCGGCGGCGCGGGGCCUGGUCCGCGUGAUCGGCUGCUCAGGUGUGCUGCCCCUCUGCCGCCAGCUGCCGGUGUGGGGCAGAGCCGCCCGGCAGCCCCCCAGCCUCCCACUCACCCCAUGUCGUGCCUUCAGCAACAACAAGAUCCAGGUGGAGCUGGACGAGAGCUCAGGCAUCGCCACAAUGAAGUUCAAGAGCCCCCCAGUCAACAGCCUCAGCCUGGAUUUCCUCACCGAGUUUUGCAUAAGCCUGGAGAAACUGGAGAAUGACCGAGCGUGCCGGGCCGUGAUCUUCACAUCUGCUGUCCCCAGAGUCUUCUCAUCUGGCUUGGACAUCACCGAGAUGUGUGGGAAGAGCACGGAGCACUAUGCCACGUUCUGGAGAGCCGUGCAGGAGAUGUGGCUCCGACUGUACAGCUCCAACAUGAUGACAGUCGCAGCAAUCAAUGGCUCCAGCCCUGCGGGAGGCUGUCUCAUUGCCUUGACGUGUGACUACAGGAUCAUGGUGGAAAACCCCAAAUUCGUCAUUGGCCUGAAUGAAACCCAGCUGGGCAUUGUGGCUCCCUUCUGGUUUAAGGACACAUUUGUGAACACUGUGGGACACCGAAUUGCUGAGCGCUCCCUCCAGCUGGGCUCCCUCCACUCUGCAUCCGAGGCCCACAAAUUUGGCCUUGUGGAUGAACUGGUGCCAGAGGAGAAGCUGCAGGAGAAGACUAUGGCUGUUGUGGCACAGUGGCUGGCCAUUCCCGACCAUGCCCGUCAGCUCACCAAGUCCAUGAUGAGGAAGGCAGUGUUGGACCGCCUGGUAGCUCACCGGGAGGAAGACAUUCAGAACUUCGUCAGCUUCGUCUCGAAAGAGUCCAUCCAGAAGUCACUUCGCAUUUACAUGGAGAUGCUGAAGAAGAAGAAGAGCUGAGGAGCCACCCGGGCCCAGUCCCAGGAGCUUGAGUGACCCUCAGAAACACUGCAGUAGCUGUAGACUUUCACAGUGAAGCCGUCUGCAGUGUCGGCAGCUGGUGAUGUGCUGCCUGCUCCACCACCCCUUCCCCUUACUCCCCAUGUGCCUGACACCAGCACUGCCUUUCCUGAGAGUGGAGAGAGCUGCCUGCUCGGCUCCGCUGAGGAACAGACCAGGAGAGGGUCUCGACACCACUGUGGUCCUUGGAUAUCCUCCCUUCUGUUCAUUGGCUAAUUGUGAAAUGAGAUUUGUCAAUAAAGUCUUUGAUGAUGUAGGAGAUGGAUGCUUGUUCCUCAGGCAGUCCGUGGUCACCGCUGGUGGCCGAUCCCCAGGCUCUGGUUAUGGUGGGCUGGGGGGCAGCUUGGCCAGCAGCCGGCUACAACUCUUCUGCAGAUCGGGACCUGGAGCCACGAUGCGCAGGGCUUGUGGACAGGGCUGCAGGGAGCGCCUUCACGGGG